AUGAAAUACCUAUACAUUUUAAUAUUUUCGUGUUCUUUAGUUUAUUGUGAUGAACAUACUCACACGUAUAAGCAAGGGGAGCAGGUGGUCCUGUGGAUGAACACAGUGGGACCAUAUCACAAUCGUCAAGAAACAUACGCGUAUUUCUCACUCCCGUUUUGUGUCGGGACUAAAGUAACGAUUGGCCAUUACCACGAAACAUUGUCAGAAGCCUUGCAAGGGGUUGAAUUAGAAUUUAGCGGUCUCGACAUUACUUUCAAAGAUAAUGUUCCAGCACAACAGUUUUGUGCCACAGAACUGGACGAGCAGGCUUACAAAGCACUUGUUUAUGCAGUAAAGAAUCACUAUUGGUAUCAAAUGUACGUUGAUGACUUACCCAUAUGGGGAAUCGUUGGAGAAAUUGAUGGAGACAACUACUAUAUCUGGACGCACAAGAAGUUUGACAUAGGCUACAAUGGCAAUAGGAUAGUGGAAGUUAAUCUGACUGCAGAAAAUAAGGAGAAACUGGCAUUGGGCGCUAAAGUUCCUUUCACCUAUGAAGUGAAUUGGAAACCCAGCAACAUCAAAUUUGAGGACCGGUUUGAUAAGUAUUUAGACCCAAACUUUUUCCAGCAUAGAAUCCAUUGGUUCAGUAUCUUUAAUAGUUUUAUGAUGGUAAUCUUUUUGGUAGGUCUAGUAUCUAUGAUUCUUAUGAGAACUCUUCGAAAAGAUUAUGCUAGGUAUUCUAAAGAUGAUGAUCUUGAUGAUUUAGAGAAAGACUUGGGUGAUGAAUAUGGGUGGAAACAAGUGCAUGGCGAUGUUUUCAGACCUGUCCCUCAUCUAGCAGCAUUCUCUGCUCUGAUUGGUGCAGGAUAUCAACUUACAGUUGUUACAUUAGCUGUUAUUAUUUUUACUAUAUUUGGUGAACUGUAUACUGAAAGAGGCUCAUUAUUGUCCACUGCCAUAUUUAUAUAUGCUGCUACAUCUCCCGUUAAUGGGUACUUCGGAGGGUCAUUGUAUGCCAGAAUGGGUGGAAGGCUUUGGAUUAAGCAAAUGUUGUUGUCAGCGUUCCUAUUACCUGUGUUAGUCUGUGGAACAGCCUUUUUUAUUAACUUUAUUGCUAUGUAUUAUCAUGCUUCAAGAGCAAUUCCAUUUGGAAGUAUGAUAGCCGUGAUGUCAAUUUGCACCUUUGUAAUCCUGCCCCUUACAUUAGUCGGCACAGUUCUAGGACGUAAUUUAGCUGGCCAACCAGAUUACCCAUGCAGAAUUAAUGCUGUGCCUAGGCCUAUACCAGAAAAGAAGUGGUUUAUGGAGCCAUUCAUUAUUAUUAUUAUGGGUGGAAUCUUGCCUUUCGGAUCAAUUUUCAUCGAAAUGUAUUUCAUUUUUACAUCAUUCUGGGCCUAUAAAAUUUACUAUGUUUAUGGCUUCAUGUUGUUGGUCUUUUUAAUUCUGAUGAUUGUUACCGUUUGUGUGACUAUUGUUUGUACUUAUUUCUUGCUAAAUGCUGAAGACUACCGUUGGCAAUGGACAAGUUUCCUAUCAGCUGGUAGUACUGCGCUGUACGUGUACUUAUAUUCUUUCUAUUACUUCUUAUUCAAAACAAAGAUGUAUGGCUUGUUCCAGACAACGUUCUACUUUGGCUACAUGGCAUUAUUUAGCUUGGCACUAGGCAUUAUUUGUGGCACCGUUGGAUACAUAGGUACAAGCUUAUUUGUUAGAAAAAUUUAUUCUACAGUGAAAAUUGACUGA